UUUUGAAAAUGUUUUUCUUCUUUUUUUUUUUUUUUUCUUUCCAUUCAUAAACCAUUCUCGAAACAUUUCUUUGACGCGCUUUUUUUUCUUCAAAGAAAAUAAAGCUCAUUCAAAAAUUCGAAAAGGCCAUGUCGUUCCUUAAAUCUUUAUCUUUAAAAUGAACCCUUGCUCGUCAAAAUCAAUCGAGAAUUACGUCUGUACUCAUCGUUGGCAUUAAUCAUUAUAAAACCCAAAUCCUUAAGCGGAUAUACGUAUAUACAGUCAAAUGAAAAUUCGUUGAACGCUGUUAUAUAUUUUUUUUUUCGACUGUUACCAAUAUUUUAACUAUAAAUUUAUUAAAUAAUAUUUCAUCGUACACCAAUCUGGCAUUCUUAUAGUUUUUUAAUUAAAUCAUAUAUAUCUGGAAAUGCCAUAAUGAUACUAUUUAUUUCAGAAUUAUAUCUUGUUAAUAUUGAUAAUAUAACCUAAUAAUGUUGCCAUCGAAUUGUGAAGAAUUAAAGCGAAUUGACACUAUAUUACUUUGUGGGAUAUGUUAUGAAUAUAUGGAAACCACUGUCAUUACACCGUGUUCCCAUAAUUAUUGUUCACUUUGUAUACGAAAAUAUUUACAUUAUAAAACACAAUGUCCUACUUGUUUCGAAGAAAUCUUUGAAAAGGAUUUAAGAGUAAAUAAAGCUUUGGACGAGAUCAAACAAUAUUUUUUAGAGUUAAAAGAGAAAUUAGCUAAGUGCGUUCAAAGUAUUCAAAAUGAUAAAUUAAAUUUGUCGAAGAUUAAAUUUUGCGAGGAAAAUUUAAUCGACGAAAAACAAUUAAACGUUAAUCACAAGGAUAUUUCCAAUUAUGGAGACAAACAGUACAUUGGAAAUAAUUUGGAAAAUAUUGAAUGUACAUUGCACAAUGAAAGAACUACUUUACUUAGUCCAAGUACCAGUAAUACAUCCAAAUUAUCCACUUUCUUUACACCAAAACGUAAGAAAAUAUCUCAAGAUAUUAUCAGUGAAAAGGUAGUAAUAUGUCCAGUUUGCAAAGUAAACGUUUUAGAGAAAAAUAUAAAUAGACAUUUAGAUGAUUGUUUAAAGAGAGAGGUAACAAAUGAUAAGCCUGUAAAACCUAAAUCAAAGCGUAAACCAUUACCAAAGUUGGUUCUCAGUUUAAUGAAGGAGGGAGAAAUAAAAAGAAAAUUAAAAGAAUUAGGUCUUUCUUAUGUUGGGGAUAGAAAAGUUUUGGAAUUAAGAUUUCAAAGAUAUACGACUCUCUAUAAUGCAGAAUGCGAUAAGGAUGAUCCAAGAUCCGUUUCAGAAUUAAUCAAACAAUGCGAGGAGGAAGAAAAUUUGGAAAAAAGAGCAAACAAGUUACCAUUCAUUAAGUUGCAAAUUAAUAGAAACACUGCUGAGAAUAUUAUAGAAGAGGAGAGGAAAAAGUAUUUAGAAAUGCAUAAAAAUAGUUUUGAGAGUUUGAUUUCAAAGAUUAAAAGUACAGAAAAUUCACAAAAAUCCUCGGCAAGACGUUCGAUACUUAAUGAAAAUAUGGACUCAGAAACAAAUGCUGUGCAUUCUACAACUUGCGAAAAUUUUUAUCUGCAAGAUUCAGAUUCAAGUCUUGAUGAUUGCCCAUUACAAAUGUAUUCUAGUGAAAGUCCAAUGAAUUUUCUUACAGUAGAAUUAUUGACAUCUACAAAUCAGAAGAUUAAAGACACUAAUUGUUUAAUUGAUAAAGAAAAAGAAGAAGAACAAUUAACUAAUACAAGUUCUGGCUUUUUUCAUUCUGAAAUAGAAAAAACAAAUAAUAAUAAUACUUGUACUUUUGUAAAUGAACCUCCAAUAAUAUCUAAUGAGGUUCCAUGUUCAAGCAAUACCUAUGCUGAUACGAAAAAAUCAUAUAUAGAGAAACAAGUAAAAAGAAAAAAAUUAUCAAUGGAAGAAACCCAAAAGAAGAAUGAUAAUUUAACAGAAACAAUAUUGGAAAACUAUGCGUCUGAUUUUUCAAGUAAUGACAGUGUUAUUUGUAACUCAGAUUUUGAGACAUUCGAAAAUUAUGUUCAUGAUAUUAUUAAGGGUACAGAUAUCAAAGAAAAUUUAUUUAUAAAAUCGAAUCUGGAGAAAGAAAAUAUUAAAAAACGUAAAAAAAGAAGAUAUGAUAAUGCAAUUAAGGGAGAAGAAAAUGCUUUGAGAAAGAAGCAUAAAGUUAAACUACAGACGAAUUGUCUUAGCGAACAAAAUGUACUUACUUGUGACGGAGAUCACCUCGAUGAAUCUUACAAUAGUAUGGAAAAUAAAUUUUCUACAAAAUUACAAAAGAAAAAAGAGGAACAAUUAACGUCCAUGGUCUGUACUCCACAAAGAAAAUCAAACAGAUUACGAGUUAAAAAUAAUCAUUCUAUAAAUUGUGAUACGACGAAACUAUGACAUAUUGAAAUUAUUAUUUAAACAUAUUAAGAUUAUAUAAUUUAAAGAUUUUCAGUAAUUGGUUAACGCAUGAAAUUCUUUUCUUUUUUUUUUUUUUUUUUCUAAUAUUUAUACAUACACACAUAUAUACUUUACACAAUAUUGUUAUUGUGUUAAGUUAUUAUUAUUAAUAUUUAUAUCAUAAUUGUUGACCUGCCAAAAAAAAGAGAUAAAUAUCAAAAUCAUUAUCAAAGACAAUGUAGUUUAUUGAAUAUAUUACAUCAUUCCAAUCAUUAAGUGAUUCAACAAUAAUAAUAAUAAUAAUAAUAAUAAUUAUAAUAAUAAUAAUAAUAAUAAUAAUAAUAAUAAUAAUAAUAAUAAUAAUAAUAUGAUAGCGAAUGCAUCUAAGUUUUUAUAUUUUACAAUAUUCGUAAAUAUUAUUAACAAUAAUUUAAGAGAGUGAGACUUAUAUAACGUUAAAAUAGUUGUCUUUGACGUUCACUAAAUACACUUUGGUAUCAUUUACACCACAUUCGUCUUUUUUUUUUUUUCUUUUAUAUAUAUAUAUAUAUAUAUAUAUAUAUAUAUAUAUAUAUACAUAUAUAUAUAUAUAAUAU